AUGGUGGAGUCCCACCUGGGAAUGUCUGGGGGCAGCUGGAUCAUGCCCAGGGGAGGGCUGGGGGUGGCCUGGCAUUGCCCACCCCUCUGUGCUGCCCCAUCCACAUGGGAUCUGCCCCAGCCCUGCCAGCAGGGGAUAGGGGGAGCAAGGCAGAGUGGGCACUUCUCCACCCAUCUGUUCUUCCACCUGUGCACCCACCCACCCGUCUGUCUCUGCCUCCAUCCACCUGCCUACCCUGGGGGUGGUCCCCAGUCCUGGGCACAGGGACACACCUGUCCUUUGCCACUGUGUUCCUGGAGGUGGUGGGCACUGGAUGCAGUGGGGUGCCGGUGCCCGAGCCAGGGGAGUGGUACCACCUGCCGGGGUGACGGGAGUCACGUUGCCAUGGUGCUUGGUGCCACUUGUCCUCUUGAGGCCAAUAAAGGCGCCUGUUGCCUUGGGUAGAGUGCAGGCACAAUAGCAGCAGGUGACAGAAGAUCACCUCCAGGAGCAGGAUCCAGACGUGCCCCAGCCCUCCGCCCAAAAAUGCCAAAGCUCUUGCAGCCCCUCUCGCUCCUGGUCCUGCUCGUCCUCGCUUCCACCGCCCAGGGACAGGCUGGCACGGGCCCCAAGGUGCUCCAGCCGUGGCUCAUUGGCCUCACGGCCGUCGUCGUCUUCCUCUUCGUCGUCUUUGUGGUGCUGCUCCUUAACCGGCUCUGGAAUCUCAGGAAGAAGAGGAAGGAGAACGACCACGCGGAGACCCUGGGGAGUGACAGGCUGGGGCGCUCCGGCCACAUCAACCGGGCGGCUGUGGACUGGGAUGAGCUGAGCGACGACAAGCAGCAGAGCAAGGCCACGUCCCUCUGAGUCCCCCCGCACCCCUCAGCCCCCUCCGGAGCACCUCUGACGGGGACCGCACCCUCACCCCGUCCGCGGGCCGGAGAUCCGCGCCGGGUUUCGGCGUCAGCCGCGGCCACCAUGGCACCUCCCGCCCCGCGGCCGGCCCGGCUGUGACCAAGACCCGGCGCGGAUCACCAGCUCGCCGGAGCUGAGCGGGGAGGGCGGCGGCCAGGGGCCGCAGCGGGGUCUCCCCGUGCCCCCCAACCCUGAGCCGGCGGGGAGUCCCGGCCCGGGGGGACGAGGACAGUCCCCUCCCCAGACGUGCCCACUAAAGGUUUCCCCAGCCUACCCCGGUGU